AUGGAGUGGAGACGGGUCCCCUCACUGCCAGGUACCCUGCUGCCCCCACACGCCGCGGAGCUUCUGAUCUGCAUCCCGCUGCCCGUGCAGCUGGACUUGACCUGUCCACUCCCCAGACUGGCCAUCCUGGCAGCUGAGUCUUGUUGGAAGCUGGCAGGGCCAGGAGCCCACUGUGUUCCACCUCCAGGCCCCCCAGAAAGCCGGGAGAGAGGGCGGCCUUUGCCCCCACAGAGGCAGCACCAGCUCAGAGUUUGCCGGGCCCAGUACAAAAUAAAAUUCCGGGGCCCUUUGUUCAAACAUGAUGACUCAGUCCUUGACAGUGACCGCGGAGCUGUAAGCCAUUCAGCCUUCCGAGCAGGAGGUGACGCGGCCUGGAGUGACUGUCCAGCCCCCUGCCCAGGAGACCCGGUGGGGGGCUUCUUGCUGAACUAUAAGGAAGGACCCACGGGCCUGGUCCUCAAGGGGCGUGGAGGAGCUUGUCCCGGACGGGCCCUGUCGGACCCUCCUCAGCGCACGUGCAGGGUGACCCCGCGGCCUCGUCCCAGGCGGAGCUCGGAGGACGGAGUGACGAUUCCCGUCGGGGAGUCUGGGGUGUCUUCACCUCCUCCUGCCUGCGUGGCUCCUCUCGUGGGCCGUGCUCCGGAAGCAGCUCACGAGUUGUGCAUCGACCGUUCGGAAGUGUGCGGUGUGUCCACAUCCGGUGCAUUUACGGGCGGCGCUACCCCACCGGUCCGGUUCCGGACAUGCCCUCACCGCCGAAGGACAGCCGCCCCGGGCCCCCACGGAUCCGCCUCUUGUCCUGGCUCAGCCGCUUCGGGCCUUUCGUGUAAGUGGAACCCCACGGCCCGACUCCACAUUUUCACCCCAAAUCAGACAACUGAAGUUAGGCAGGCCAAGACGGUGAAUCCCGGGCCGGCCCCGCCUCUCUGGGACAGCAGCUUAUUAAUACGCCGAUUUCUCGGGCAGCUGCCUGGGAAGCCGGCUGACUCGCCUCUUCUGUGUUUUCCCCUUUAUGGCAGAGGGUCAUCUCUGUGGGGGCAAAGCCACGUUCCUUUGCUUUUCCUGAUCUCAGAAUGGGCGGCUGUGUGCGGGGGCUCACCCCCUUCCCCCGGAGAGAGACGGACAAAGAGCAGGAGGGCCGCGUCCGGUGGCAGCCCUGGCCGCGGGGAGCGAGGGAGCUGAUCCAACGCUGUUGAAUAGGGUGCGGGCCUCCUGGGCGAGCGGCGCGCACACCCACUCUCCGGGGGCCCUGCCCGCCAGAGGGCCCUAACGUGGCACGAAAUCCAAGCGGGCAGCUUCUCGGCAGUAGCCCCGUCCUCCCUUCCCCGCUCCUUGUGAUGAAGUCCUACGUGGGGAGAGGUCUGGGCAGGCUUCCCGCCUCCCAGCACUCUGGAAAACUCGCAGGGCCCUCCGCGGGCCUCGUCCGGAGCAUGGGGUGUCGGGGUGGAGCUCCUCCGUCCCAGGGGUCUCAGACACGUGCCGGCUGUGGGGGUGGGGACGCCUGCGGACGCAGGGGCCUGGCAGGGCUGGCCGGGCCCGAGCUGGCUCCUUCCAGCCUCAUCCAGGGUCGUGGGAGUGAGGGCGGGGGCGGCCGGGGCCAGGCCCCCUCCCUGACAGAGGUGUGACGUGAGAUCUUCAGCGGCAGGAGAGAUGGCAAGAGCCCCCACCCCCAGUCCAGAGAGCACGCGCGUCCCUAACCUGCCGUGUGCGGCUCCAAGGAAGAGGCCGUUUCAGGGACUGGGAUGCUCCUGCUUUGCUUUAAAAGAUUUUAUUUAUUUCUUUUAGAGAGAGGGAGUGCGUGUGCAUGAGCGUGGGGCAGGGGAGGCGCGGUGGGGGCGGGGGAGAGAGACUCUGAAGAGGCUCCCCGUUGAACACAGAGCUUGACGUGGGGUCCCUGAGAUCAGACUGGAGCCCAACCCAGGAGCUGAGCACAAAACCCCCUGAGCCACCCAGGCGCCCCUCUUUCUGCUUGAUUCUCAGGAUGCUGGAGAAGCGGGGUCAGGGGAAGCAGCUACCCCGCUUACAAGCACGGGGGAGACGGGGCCGAGCCCCACGCAGAGACACAGUUCGUCUCUACUCGGGGUGAUCUCACUCAUUUCCGGUGAGGGCUCCACAUGCUUCCAACCCCCCAGGCCUCUGGUUGUGCAGACCCCAGCCCCGCAUGAGCCUGCCUGCUCUGCUCCCCGGCCCCCUGCGCACCCCAGUGGCGACAGCUGGCUGGACCACGGUCUGCAGGACGAGGUUAGCCCCCCACCCCCGCCGCCGUUCCCACCUCCACCGCACACAGCACCCCAAGGGCCAUGGCCCUGAGCUGCGUGGGAGCAGGGCCGGCCGGGGCUGGGGAUGUGGGGUUGCACGGGGCCGGCGAGCCUCCCACAGACGCUCCCCUUUGCCCAGCUCUGUGGGGGCCGCGGCUUGUGUCUCCGCUCCCUUGUUUGAGGUUAUCGACUAACAAUUCUCUCUUUGGUCCCACAGGGAGCUGGUCUGAGGCGGCUUGAGCACAGACACUCCAUGAGGAGAGAUAAAUAUUUCAUGGUCUGGGCCAGUGAGGGAAAAAAAUAAAUAGCUCCGCCCUCAGUUAGGUGCGGGCCUCCCCCCAACGAGAGUGCAGCCUGCCUUCGCGCGCCUGGUUUUCCUCAUCCUUUUAGGGAGACCACAGGCUGGGCUGGUGCAGAAUCGUAUGGAAAGCCAGGCACAUGCCAUGGGCCUCCUGGAGGUUUGGGGGCUGCGUGGCGGACAGAGGGGGCCCUGGCCCAGAGUGGGGAGUCCAGGCUGUCAUCCCUGACCUGCUCGCAGGUCCUGGGGCCGGGGAAGCCCCAGCCAGGGGUGCGGCCUCCGGACAGCAUUUCCUGCAGGCCCGGCUGCCCUGAAGCUGUGUGACCUCCUGUAAUGCGGGACCUCAGGUUCGGGGCCCACUGGCCCGCUCCCAGGUGUCGUGUAGGCUCUCCCCAGCUCGGCUGAGCUCACUCGCAUAACUGCUUGCUGACUGACUCCCGUGAUCCUGUCUGAGCACGUCUGGAAGGUGCAGGCAUGGCUACUGCGCUCUGUCCACUUACUAAGACCACCUGGUGUCCACCACUCUGCUCCCCCUGUCCCCCCAAGAUCGGACCGACUCCUUCUUGGACCAGGAGCCAGUGCGCCCUGUGCCAGGAAGAGUGUGUGGGAUCCUCUGCCUUUAUGAAGGGGGCCGUCCUGAUGUCUCCUGCGGCAGGGUGGGGCCCUCCUGAUCAGCCUCUUUCCCUCUACCCUCGUGGGAAAGCCCCGAGUCACCCUUUCGGGAUACGGACUUGGGAGGAGAUGGGCCGGGAGAGGACUCGGCGGGCCUGGCAGGAGUUUGGGGACCCCAGUGUCUUCUUGGGGACAUUGGAAAUUUGUAAGUUGAUCCAGGCGAGGCAGACGCUGACCCACAGCAAGGAGCUCUGUGACGGGACUCGGAAGCCGCACGUGUGUGUCAGAGGACACAGCCACGGGCACGUCGGUGCCAGGAAAGGAGCCCGUGUGAUGUCAUUGUUCCGCCUGGAAGUUAAGGUCUUUAAUUUACUUUCAGAGCUGGGAUUGUAUAACACAAGGAUAAAUAGUAAAAUUCACGCUAAUCCCUUGGAAUUUUAACUUUGCUUUACUCAGAACUGCGUUAAAUAGCACGUAAGGACACCUGACCCGCGGAGAGGGAAGGCUGCCGGAGGAAGGAGCAGCUUUGCCCUGAGCCGCUCUCGGGGCGUGCUCCCUCCUGCGUCCGGCCCCCCUGCACAGGACAGCCCCGCACAAGCUCCUGUAGCCGGGGCUUUGCCUCCAGCCCCUCCCCAAGCCCUUCCCUCUGGCCCUGCCGUCGUCCUGGUGUCCACGAGGGCUGGCGUCGACCUGUGCCUAAAAUGUCAGGGGUCUGUGGCAAGGGUCUCCCUGGGGACAGGAGCAGCCACCAUUGCACUUGACGCAGCCUCACCACCUCCCUGCCAAGCCAGCGGGGGCGGGGUAGGGAGAGUGCCGUCAGGCCACGUGGACUCUGGAGUGUUCUUGGGUGUGUUGAGGGCCGGUCCCUCCUGAUGAGCAUGAGGAAUUCUGCUCAGGUGUGCCCGCUCCCCUCUUCUCCAAGGAAGCGACACCCCACUGAGGAACCCACUGCUGGGUGGGCCGGGGCUGUGGGCGGGGAGGCUGUGGUCUGGCUAGCAUCGAUGGAGGUGGGCGCUGGGGGUCAGGUCGUGGCUGGACAGUGGCCUUGGGCUGGGAAACGGAGCAGCAGGCUCAGACCUCAGGCGACAGACAGCCCACACCAAGCUCUCAGACUCAGGCAGGUGGGGUCACGGCCCUGUAUGGAGAGGCUUCAGGCUCCCGGAAACGACACAGCCCAGGACACUCCUCGCUCACACCCUGGGA